UCCGGUUUCGUAGAGAGAUCUGAAGAACGAACGAGUCUCAUUCUAUAGAUUUUCCGAUGGGAACGCUUCAGUCAUGGAGAAAAGCUUACGGAGCCCUAAAAGACUCCACCAAAGUCGGCCUUGUCCGUGUCAACAGCGAAUACGCCGAUUUAGAUGUCGCCAUAGUCAUCUCAGAAGUGAGUGAUUCACUUUCUCGGGAAUUCUUAGAUCUGAUUUCGCUGCAACCCUGGGAUUGUUCAGCUUGGGUACGUACUUAUGCGUUAUUUCUCGAGGAACGGCUUGAAUGCUUCAGGGUUUUAAAAUAUGAUACUGAGGCAGAACGUCUUCCGAAAUCUAACCCAGGGCAGGAUAAGGGAUCAGCUAGUAGAACCAGGGAUUUAGAUGGUGAAGAACUCUUGGAGCAGUUGCCAGCUUUGCAGCAGCUUCGCUAUCGUCUCAUUGGUUGCAGGCCAGAAGGCGCUGCUAACCACAAUCAUGUUAUACAAUAUGCACUAGCUCUGGUGUUGAAAGAGAGUUUUAAAGUCUAUUGUGCUAUCAAUGAUGGGAUCAUUAAUCUCAUUGACAAGGCUCGUAGCCUUUCUGAUUUAUAUGAAGCCUGCAAAGGAUUGGAACUUGCAAGGAAUUUUCAAUUUCCUGUUCUAGGAGAGCCUCCACAAUCUUUUCUGACAACAAUGGAGGAGUAUAUUAAAGAAGCACCGCGAGUUGUCGAUGUCCCUGCGGAAACACUGAUGAUGCCGUUGUUGUAUCUGAAGAAACAGAACCUUCUCCCCCCGCCUCCUCCUCCAGCCAACGCUCAGAACUUCAUUGAUACCGAUGAUUUACUGGGCCUGAACACUGGUGCUCCUGAUGCAUCAGUGAUCGAAGACCAAAAUGCACUUGUUUUAGCCAUUAUUUCAACUGAUGCUGGAGCAUGAGAGAAAAAAGUUGCAACUAAGUG